UUAGUGGAGAGCUGAUGCAUUUCCUGGAGAUGGUUGCUAACAACUGAACUGACAAAGGCAACAAGCAGGUGAUGUUGGCAGGGGAGACCAGGAGGUCGUACCAGAGCAUAGCAACAAAUACUGGUCAUAUAUCUGACAUAAGAUUUCUCGAGUAGAGAACAAGCAGGAAGAAAGCGAAGAUGCCGUUCUUCAAAUCUGCCUCCAGCCUCCGCUCAGACAGCAGUGAUUUGGACAUGGAUGGCCUUGCUGAAAGCGAGUUGGCCAGACUCCAGCGCCAGUUCCGCCUCUUGGAAGGCGACCGUCACACCUACACCUUGGAAUCCAGGGAAACCAUUCGCAGGCAGAUGCUGGAGGUGAAGCGCCUGGAGAAGGAGAACGAGCAGCUGCUACGCAGGCAGGCUGUGGCCGAGAGCCGCAGUAACCAGCAACGAGGGAAGGAUCAAGCCAACAGCCUGCGUGCUUUGUUGGGACGCCGGGAUGACGUGGAGCAGCAGAUAAUGCAAGAGAAGAAGAGAAUAGCCCUACUUGAUAGAGAGGUCCAAAGUUGGGAGAAGCGUUUGGCUGUCCAGAAGAAGGAAGUGGGCAGUGGACACUUGAUCCAACAACAGAAGAUCCACCUACACAAGAGGGUACAGACGUUGGAGAAUCAGCUAGACAGGGCCACCUCACAAUUCGAUUCUCAGCUUGUUGUCAACUCACAGCUGCGUGAGGAUCUAGAAAUGCUCCAGAUUGGACACGAUCGUUUUGAGAAUCUUUAUAAGAAACUAGAGAAGGAGCUGCAGGAUACACGCGGGAACAUUGGGGCCAUGAUCAGCACAUCCUCAGCAGCCUACGAUGCAAGGGAAGAGGCGCAGAACCGCAUGAGCCAGCUGCAGGACAAGAUGGUGAAGGAUCUCAAACAAUAUGAAACCGAGCUGAGAGAAUUGAACCGCGUCCUAGAACAUGACCGUCGGAUGGACGAAUUCCUCACCAUCAAACUGCAGGAGAGGAAGCUUACUGAGGAAGCGUUGAAGGCCAAGGAAAAACGAGAGCAAGAGCGCAAACGGCGAGGGCCCGAGGAAGAGCUGUUUGACUCUUACCAAGAUACUUUUGAGAAACUGCUGAAAUUAACUGGCAAGAGCAAAUUGGAGGAUGUGCUGGAGAAGUUCACUGCAGAGGAGGAGCGAAACUUCGCUCAGUUCAACUACGUCAACGAACAAAAUAACCAGCUGGAACAGAUCCGGGAACAAAUUGCUGAGCUCAGUCACGAAAUAGAGAUGGUCCAGGCGCAGGAGGCCCGGGCGGAGGCGGAGCGGCAGUUGCAGUUACGGGCAGUCGAAAUGCAGCAAGAGGAAGCUGUGAAUGGGACAAAGGAGACCGAGCUUCAGCUGAAGGCCCAGGCCAAGAUUUGGGAGAUGUUCAAAAGCGAAAUUGAGUCUCUUUUUGGGAAGCUGUAUUGUGACCCUUCAGUGCUGGAUAAAAUGCUAGGGGGGACGACAGCUGCACGGGAUGAGAACAUGGCGAUCUACAUGGGCUCGAUCGAGCAAAGGAUCAAUGAAUUAUUGGCGAUGUAUUCCUACGUGAUGGCUGAGCAACAAGACCAGCCCUUUGAUACACUGGAGACAGUGCUGUUGAUCCUGGGGCAGAAGUCUGAGUUUCCGUCUCCCCGGUUGAUUGUUCGGCCACCCACUACUGGACCAAGCCACGAUGCAGUCAUCGAAGAUGACCAGAGACCCUUGACUCACACAGAGCUCAGAGAACAAGCCCUGAAGGAGAUCCUGAGCAAAGGAGACACAAUUUUCCUAAAAAGAAGCACGCAACAUGAAAUGUCCAGUGCCCGGCUUCGGGCAAGCGGAUCUAAGAAACUACAGCAUGCAUCUUGACUUGCGUAAGAUCUCUUGUCGCGAUCUGGUCUGUGUGAUGCAGAGGACAGAAACCACGAUGACAUGGGCAGGGGCACAUGGUGGUCUGGUUCCCCACGUUGCUACAGCCUUCCCCACAUUUGGGAGGACUGGCGUACCAGAAUGGAGCCUUCAUCCUGUCAGGGCCUCUGGGCUGCUGUGGCUCCCUGAAGAUCUGCCUCCUUCUGGUGAAUGUUUUCUUCCAUUGACUGCUUGCUCCAUCAGGUCUGGCCUGCUGCAUACAUAAUACAUAACACAUACCCUAAAAUCUUAAGAAAAGGGCCUUUGCUCCUGAGCUGCCUGUUCAUUUAUAUCCCUUAAUUUGACUCCAGAGUCUCUUGCAAAGAGGGAAUGUACUUGAUACCUUUGCAGUGUAGCAAGCCCAUAUUACCAGGGACAAAAAUGCCCAAGUCCCUGAUGCUAAGGAAGCUAUCAUUGGGAUAGGAGUAGGUGCCUGAAGUUCAUGAUGUCUCCCUCCCUGUGCCACUAGUGUCCAAAAAAUGGCACAAUAAGCUUUCUAGUGCUGUAGUAACUAUUUCUGAGGCAUCCAGAAUAAGAAAGACUCCGUAUCUCAUGGACAGAGUAGUCAAGGCAUAAGAUGGGGGUACGUAGCAACUAUUUGGAUGCUUUUGAGGGAAUUGGAUGUGUUUGGUGCCCUUGGCCACAAAUUUAAGUCAUGUUUAAGCACACACAUGCAACCUAGCUGGUUUCUCAGAAACUGUGGUUUGUAACUGUGGGUAAAGCUGCGCUGGGCAUGGCCUGAUGGCUAAGCUGAGCAAGAAAGUAACUUAGGUUCACCUCCUCUCACUCCUGUUAUCUGUAUAUGGAACAGCUUGGGGGGGAGGUAUUUUGUUCAUUCCAUCCCAAAUAUUUCCAGAUAUAGACGCAAGUUAUGAGGAUUACACAUGGAUAAAGUGCAUGAAAACUGCUUUCUUUGUAGUGAACGUGUGAGGGGUAGUUUCCUGUGUGUUAAAAAUGUAGUUCUCUUAGCCCAGAUUUUUUUUUGAAGCACAAAAUGUUUUAAAUUCACAACUGUUUCAACAAGGAUGGUGCCCUCCUAAUCUGCCGCACACGUCACCCCUUCCUUUGUAACGCCCCUCCAGUACUUUUAUGUUACCCCCCCAGAGAGAAGAAUCUUGCGGGAUACAUUCCCGUCCCAAAGAUGAUCAUCAUGGAAACAAAUCUCAGUAGUUUCCUUGAAGGGAAACAGCAGGAUCAGGCCAUGGAAAAUGGGGGGGCGGGGCUAGGGGAUUGUAUAUGUCUGUGUGUUAAAGGGCAUACCAGUGGGCUCUGGCUCCAGAAGGGGCACUCACUUGUACACAGACCCUGGGACAGGUGGGAAAUAAAAAACUAUCGCGUUUUUUGAUUAUCAGUGCAAAUUGAAAGUGAUUAAAAUGUUGAAUGUCUGAGA